AGCAAUCUCCGUCACAAAGCGAAGCGGACGGCGCUAGAAAUCUCCAUCGCAAGGAGGAGUGGGUGCCAUUGAAGAACGCAAAGGGAUCUCAAGACAGGCUUUGGGGAAAAAAAAAAAAAAUUAAAAAUCCAGUGUUAUAAACCAGAAGCAGGCACAUCAUUUCCCCGGGACGUUUUGGGGGAAGGAAUGUCUCCGGUUCGAGGACUAAGAGAAUGCUUGUAAAUUCCAGAGAGAGAGAGAAGAAAUAAAAUAAAAUAAAAUAAAAUCGAGGAGGGAGAUCAACUUCUGAAUCCUGAUGCCACACGUGGAAGAAGGAAGAGUUAUUUUCAACCUCGCUUCUCGACAAUCCCUGAUUUUUUUUUUUAAAGGUUUCUUUUUCACGAUAAUUAGCCCAACUUUACCAGGAUCUAUCGAUACAAAUGGGCCGAGGGAAUUUUAACAUUUACGUGGCUUUUUAAGGAAGAAAAUUGGGAGAUAGCAUUGAUUGGACCAAGAUCUCUUGAAGGAGCAAAUGAGACGUUUUAAACCAUGCUGGUUGUUUAUGGAAAUCAUACCUGGCUGCCUAAGAAGUCCAAGUUUUUAGAUUCUGGGGAAUGCUUAAAUGAGAAAAUAAUUUUAAGCCCAGUUUCCUGGUCCCCAAGAUGCUCUUGCCUUUGAACGCAUCUGACUUCAGGAAUGGAUCUCUGCAGAUCAACUCUGGAGAAUGGAAUAUGUUACGCUGGGCCGGUCUGCUCACUCUGAUAGUCAUCAUACCCACCAUCGGAGGAAAUAUCCUUGUGAUUCUGGCCGUCUCUUUGGAGAAAAAAUUACAAUACGCCACUAAUUACUUCCUGAUGUCUUUGGCGGCGGCCGAUUUGCUGGUUGGCCUCUUUGUGAUGCCGGUCGCCCUGCUGACGCUGUUGUUUGAAAAGCCCUGGCCGCUUCCCCCGUUCCUCUGCCCCGCCUGGCUGUUCCUGGACGUCCUCUUUUCAACAGCCUCCAUCAUGCACCUCUGUGCCAUCUCCCUGGACCGCUACGUGGCCAUCAAAAAGCCCAUCCAGGCCAGCCAGUACAACUCCCGGGCAACCACCCUUAUCAAAAUAGCAGUGGUCUGGCUCAUCUCCAUUGGCAUCGCGAUUCCGAUCCCGAUUCGCGGGAUCGAAGAAAACGGCGCCAACUUUCCAAACUUCACCUGCGUGCUCAAGCCCAACCGUUUCGGAGACUUCAUCCUGUACGGUUCGAUAGCCGCCUUCUUCGUCCCGCUGGCCAUCAUGGUGGUGAGUUACUUCCUGACCAUCCGAGUCCUGCACCAGAAGGCUUACUUGAUCAACAAACCGCCUCAACGCCUGACUUGGAACACCAUCUCCACCGUUUUCCAGCGGGAAAUGACGGCCGGGUCCUCGCCGGAAAAAGUGGCCAUGCUGGAUGGUUCCCGCAAGGACAGAGCUUUGCCGAACGGGAACGAAGAAAGGCUGAUACGCAGGAUGUCCGCCGUCGGGAAAAAGUCGAUGCAGUCCAUCACCAACGAACAGCGAGCUUCCAAGGUGCUGGGGAUUGUGUUCUUCCUUUUUCUGGUGAUGUGGUGUCCCUUCUUCAUCACCAACAUCACCUCCGUCCUGUGCAAAUCCUGCAGCGAGGAGUUCAUUCAGAUGCUGAUGGAGAUCUUCGUCUGGAUCGGCUACGUCUCCUCGGGGGUAAAUCCGCUGGUCUACACCCUUUUCAAUAAGACCUUCCGGGAAGCCUUCGGCAGGUACAUCACCUGCAAUUACCGGACUUCGGCUGCCGGCACAGCCUCCCGGAGACCCUCCGCCAGACUCUCGUUCCGAAAUUCGGUGACGGAGAACUCCAAGCUUUUUAUGAUGCACCACGGAAGGCGGAACGGGGUCAAUCCGGUCAGCUACCCAAACCACCGGCUUUGUAACUCACCCAUCCAGUCUUCGUCGGCUGUUCUGCUGGACACGUUGCUCCUCACCGAGCACGAAGUGGACAAAACAGAGGAACAAGCCAGCUAUGUGUAGCCUGGCGGUGGGAAACGCCCACCGUGCACGCAUGCGAAGCCAGUAUGGGAAACGCCAGUAUGUAUAUAUAUAUAUAUAUAUGGUUUUCAUCUGUUAUUUAUAUAAUUCCUAAUGGCAGUUUUAAGACUUGGUCUCCUCUUGCCCCAAGACUGCCUCCGUUUACUCCAGUGUAAGAGGUAAAGCAAGCUUUCCGGCACCGUGGGUUUAUAAAUGGAGGAGGAACCUCAAUAAAUAAAUACAGCUAUGGCAAGUCUCGGGUCUCCGAUUCCUCAUCUCUGAUUUAUUUAAACAGACGCACACGCAACGUGACAAAAAGACAAAGGGCUAUUUUUUCAAACUUAUGCAAGGUUUGUGUUUUUUUGCACAAGGAUGCUUACGCUUAGGAAUAAAGUGUGUAUCUUAAACUUAUCUAGGAAUUCAUUAGCGUCUUCUUCCCAAAGAACAAGGGAAAAUUAAAAGGCUGGCUGUUGCCAAAUGUUACCAAGAGCCUUGGUAGUACAGUGGUUUAAUGCACCCUGUUAUUAACACAGCUGCCUGCAAUUUCUGCAGGUUCGAAUCUCGCCAAGGCUCAAGGUUGACUCAGCCUUCCAUCCUUUCUAAGGUAGGUUAAAUGAGGACCCAGUUUGUGGGGGCAAU